AUGGUCACGAACUUCGGACCCGAAAUCGAAACUUUCAUUUCCUCUGCAGCCGUGCACAUUUGCAUUUGUACUCCUUACCAUCCACAGUCGAAUGGUAUUGUCGAACGUUUCAAUGAUUCUAUAAUUAUUCAAAUUUCCAAGCUCCAUCAACAAUAUCACAAUAAUUGGGAUGCUUACUUGGAUGCUGUCGUCUUUGCUUACAAUACUUCUCAACAUAAAACUACGAAACUUGAUCCGCGUUACUCGGCUGAUCCUCAAAUCAUCGUUGAUCUUUAUCAUCCCACCUACACUGUUCGUAAUUUAACUACUGGUACUGAACGUUCUUAUCAUGUGUCUGAUUUAUGUCCGAUACUUGUGGAUGUUGAUUUUCUCCACAUCAUGGCAGGCUGGUGCUGUUGGUAUUCGUCGUGUCUGGUUUGUCUUUCGUAUCAUUCCAACAAAUUUUGCUUCAUGGAUGUCGGUGCUACUUCACUUAUUUUCUUUUUAUUGCUCACUGGUCUUCGUUCUUGGUUUUGUGGUACCUGCAACGUUUGUCAAGUCUGUCCUCAUUGUGAAUGUCAUGAGAAUUUGAACAAUUGUAACUGUCAGUGUCUUACUCAACAAAACUUUCAUGCUUAUUAUCUUCAGUGGUAUUCUCAUCUUGGUACCAGUUACGUCGAUAGGCUCGAUGGCAAUCGGUCUCUCGUACACAACGUCAAUCACGUCUUCCAUUUGGAUACGAAAACUCAGCUGAUGCUUACUCUCACAACCGCUCUACAAUCUGCUCCUAAACCACUGACUUCCAGCCAGUCUGGUCUCAUCAUUCGUUGA